UUAGCGAACUGGCCUCAUCAUCGUCAGCCUCUUAUGGGGCUGAUGUGCAUCUCGAUGUCACGCCUUGCCCUUGACGAUAGGCCUUGCUUUCCCCUUUGCUUGAUAGCCAUCUGUGUUUGUCUUUCCGUGUGUGUUCUGCUUUCGAAGAGGAAUGUGACCGAGAUAGAGAGGGGGGCAAAUGAACAGGUAAAGGCGACCUUUGCAUCACAUAGGUUUGUCAUGCUGGCAAAGUGUCGGCGAGAAGAUUGCGAGUCUAUAGAAGCUGUGGACUGACUGACCGGAAACUACACGGGAGGUUCGAUUCAACUAUAUCUUCCAUGUACAUAUGUACUGUACACAAGCCGGACGGGGGGAUCUAGAACUCUAACCUGUCCAACGAAGUAAAUCAACGCUAAUUAGGUCAGUCCCCAUGGGAUUCACACAUCAGAAUCCUCAUUCACUUGAAUCAUUUCAUACCUAGCGACCUGGACAGA